UUGGUGGUUGACCGCAGCCCUUGCCGCCGUCGCUGCCACCGAGACCAUGGCCUCCGGCAGUCCCGGCCUCGCCGCUGCCCGCCUCCUGCUGCGCUCCUUCCUCCGAAAUGAUUUCCCUUUGUGCUCACAUAGGAUGUGAACCCAGCUGUGGGAGUGUUCCGGGCACCUUGCUACUCAAUUUACAGGCAUCAUCUUAUAUCAACAUUGCAGUCUCCUCAUGGGCAGCUGUUAAUUCCAUUUUCAGAUGGGAAGACUGAGGCUAAGGGAGAGCAAAAGACCUGCCCCAGGCCACAUGGCUGUGCAACAGCAUGGAAUUCGGCAUUGCUCCUAUACAACUUCCCGGAAACAUCUCUAUAUUGAUAAGAAUACGAAGGUUAUUUGCCAGGGUUUCACUGGUAAGCAGGGCACCUUUCAUAGCCAGCAGGCAUUGGAAUAUGGCACCCAGCUAGUUGGAGGAACCACUCCAGGGAAAGGAGGCAAGACGCAUCUGGGCUUACCGGUCUUUAAUACUGUGAAGGAGGCCAAAGAACAGACGGGAGCGACGGCUUCUGUCAUUUAUGUCCCUCCUCCUUUUGCUGCUGCUGCCAUUAAUGAAGCUAUUGAGGCAGAAGUGUCCUUGGUCGUGUGCAUCACUGAAGGUAUCCCACAGCAGGACAUGGUGCGGGUCAAGCACAGACUGCUGCGCCAGGGAAAGACGAGGCUGAUCGGGCCGAACUGCCCUGGAGUCAUCAAUCCUGGAGAAUGCAAAAUUGGUAUCAUGCCUGGCCAUAUUCACAAGAAAGGAAGAGUGGGUAUUGUGUCCAGAUCUGGCACCCUGACUUAUGAAGCAGUUCACCAAACUACACAAGUUGGAUUGGGGCAGUCCUUGUGUGUUGGCAUUGGAGGUGAUCCUUUUAAUGGAACAGAUUUUAUUGAUUGCCUUGAAAUCUUUCUGAAUGAUCCAGCCACAGAAGGCAUCAUAUUGAUUGGUGAAAUUGGUGGUAAUGCAGAAGAAAAUGCUGCAGAAUUUUUGAAGCAACAUAAUUCAGGUCCCAAGGCCAAGCCUGUGGUGUCCUUCAUUGCUGGUUUAACGGCUCCUCCUGGCAGAAGAAUGGGUCAUGCAGGGGCAAUUAUUGCUGGAGGAAAAGGUGGAGCUAAAGAGAAGAUCUCUGCCCUGCAGAGCGCAGGAGUGGUGGUCAGCAUGUCUCCUGCACAGCUGGGAACCACCAUCUACAAGGAGUUUGAAAAGAGGAAGAUGCUAUGAAAGAAAAAACAAGCAACGUGUUUCCUAAGCCUGUGGAUUAAUCAUUAUGGAAAUAGGAAACAGCAGGUCGAUGCUGUUUCCACUGAUUGUCUGAUUGUCGGCCCGCGCGCCUGUCUCUGGUCCUUCAGCACAGGGGGAAGCCACAUGGAGUGGAGAAUGUCCUGUGUUGAGAUGUUUUCACCUCAUUGUCCAACAGAGGCAGCCAAUAAAUCUACCAUUUGAUUUGAA